AUGGCUCGCGGCAACCAGCGUGAUAAGGCUCGUGAGAAGAAGCUUAAGGAGGAAGGCAAAAAGAAAAGCGGGAAUGCCAUGAGCGGCACCCAAAUGCAACACGCUAAGGAGUCCAACGCCGAUAUCAUGCGAAAGAAGCAGGCUGCCGCUGAGGCUCGCAAGGCCGCCGAGGGUCCCAAGAAAUAA